AUGUCGGCAUCACUGCGGUAUCUUCUCAUCCUCGAUCUUGAGGCCACAUGCGGUGACGAUGUCGAGGGAGUAAACGAGAUCAUAGAGUUCCCGACCUUGGUGUAUGACCUCCAGGAGGACAAGGUCCAAUCCACGUUCCACGAAUAUGUCCGCCCUGUGGUUCAUCCAAAAUUGACGGAUUUCUGCAUAGACCUCACUGGAAUAACGCAGGAUGUUGUGGACGCCGCAGAGCCAUUCCCUGCCGUAUGGGAACGCUAUCAAAAGUUCCUCCGGGACAAUGAACUCCUCGCAGACCCGGCAUCCUUCGCCUUCCUGACAUGUGGCAAUUGGGAUCUCCGCUCCAUGCUCCCUCGCCAGCUAGACAUCAGCGAGAGCGAGCACGGGCUCGACGCGUCCGGCAAUCUGGUCGCGCCCUACAACCGCUUCAUCAACGUCAAGGACGCGUUCCGGGCGCACUACAAAUUGCGCUAUCAGCAGGGCAUGGCCCAGAUGCUGCGCCGACUGAAGAUGGAGCUCGAGGGGAGGCACCAUUCCGGGAUAGAUGACUGCAGGAACAUCUUGCGGAUAGUGCAGCAGAUGCUGGCGGACGGAUGGCAGCCGCAGGGCUCGCUCAAGCCGUGA